AUGGACGAGUGCAGGGACAUUGCUAGGCGAUUGGACGAAGGCGAAGCUGCAGGAGAAGCUGCGGAUUGCGGUUUGCUGCUUAAGCUGGCGCGUGGAUUGAUACAGCAUGGUAUAGCCAACAGUGAUCUGUUUAACGGUAUGGAGGGAGGUGACGGUGAUGACGAUGACGAUGAUGAGCAAGGAGAAUACGAGGAUGAAGAAGGUGAUGAGGAUGGCGAUGAUGACAACGAGAACGACAACGACAACGCCAACGAUGUCGAUGUCGAUGUUGAUGACGAAGGAGAAGGUGUUGGUGCUCAGCCUACUGUGAACACCAAGUUUUACCAAUUUGAUCUUGAGGAAGAAGAAGAUCUUGAUGAUGACGAGGAAAGUGGAGCUGAGGAUGAAGAGGAAGAAUUCAGGUUCAGUGAUUAUGUAGACGGCGAUCCGUUUGAGAACGCGCUCGUAGUGCUACAACGUGGUGAAGAGAUAGCGCAAGGCGAGAUGUUGGUGGAUGUGUACAAGCUUAUGGGAGAGGCAUAUGCAGAGGUCGGUGCGGAAGAUGACAGCAUAAACUGUUACGAGAGGGCUAUCGAAGUAAUAGAGAGCCGUGAAUCUGGAGAGAGAGACCUCACCAAGCAGAUAGAAAUCCUGGAGAGGUUAUCACAAAACUUGAAACUGAGUGCUGAGGUCAGUGCCGACAAGAAACUAGAGAUCGCCAACAAGCUGAAAGGGUACUUAGAGAAGCAGUUAUCCCAAGACAAGGACGACGAGACAAAUUUGGCAAGAUUAGAAGAGGUGAAGCUGGAUAUACGAGAGAUCAAGAUGGAGAAAGAGAUGGAUCAAUCGGGGAACUCUAAGGAGCUUCUGAAGAACUUGAUCCUAACGCAGAUGGCAAAACUAGAUCCAUUGAAGGGCAAGCGUAAAGCUGUCAAUGAUCUAUCGGGAAUGAUAGUUAAAAAGAAAAAAUAG